GAGAAGGAAAAAAAGGGAGGGGAGGAAGAGGAAGCUAACUAUUCCUUGCCCAACCCCAGUCACACGCCCAUUACAACCAAGGGGUAAGCAAGCUUACAGAGAAUACUCAGAGGGAGUCCUACGACUUGAGCAGCAAACAGGUCUGAGCCUGGAAAAGACACUGAGAAGUAAAAGAUCAAAGUCUGGUUGGUACAGGCUCCCACUCCCGCUACAGCUUCCACUCCAGCCCCCAUUUCGGCUUCAGCCUUGGACCUGCUGUGGCCUUCGACCUGCAGGGUUGCAUCCUCUCUCCUCGUUCCUGCCCUGCCCAAGCUCCUGCUCCGGGAUCCCGUAGCUGGACCCUCAAGCCAUGGCUGGUCCCUUCUCCCGCCUGCUGGCCACCCGCCCUGGGCUCAGGCUCAUUGCUUUGGCCGGAGCUGGAUCUCUAGCCGCUGGAUUUCUGCUUCGCCCGGAACCUGUGCGAGCUGCCAGUGAACGACGGAGGCUGUAUCCCCCGAGCCAGACAGGCUAAUGGGCCAACUCCCAGAAGACUGCACUGGGUUUAGGCUCCCUGUGCCCUCCCACCAUGGUUACUGGGUACCCCCUCCCCAGCGCUGAGUACCCAGACCUACGAAAGCACAACAACUGCAUGGCCAGUCACCUGACCCCAGCAGUCUAUGCCCGGCUCUGCGACAAGACCACACCCACUGGUUGGACGCUAGAUCAGUGUAUCCAGACUGGCGUGGACAACCCUGGCCACCCCUUCAUCAAGACUGUGGGCAUGGUGGCUGGAGAUGAGGAGACCUAUGAGAUAUUUGCUGAGCUGUUUGAUCCUGUAAUCCAAGAGCGGCACAAUGGAUAUGACCCCCGGAUAAUGAAGCACACCACUGACUUGGAUGCUAGCAAGAUUCGUUCUGGCUACUUUGAUGAAAGGUAUGUAUUGUCCUCAAGAGUCAGAACUGGCCGAAGUAUCCGAGGACUCAGUCUGCCUCCAGCUUGCACACGGGCAGAGCGACGAGAGGUGGAACGUGUUGUGGUAGAUGCACUGAGUGGCCUGAAGGGUGACCUAACUGGACGUUACUAUCGGCUCAGUGAGAUGACAGAGGCUGAGCAGCAGCAGCUCAUUGAUGACCACUUUCUAUUUGAUAAGCCUGUGUCCCCAUUGCUAACUGCAGCAGGAAUGGCUCGAGACUGGCCAGAUGCUCGUGGAAUCUGGCACAACAAUGAGAAGAGCUUCUUGGUCUGGGUGAAUGAAGAAGAUCAUACACGGGUCAUCUCCAUGGAGAAAGGUGGCAACAUGAAAAGAGUGUUUGAAAGAUUCUGCCGAGGCCUCAAAGAGGUGGAGCGGUUGAUCCAGGAGCGUGGCUGGGAGUUCAUGUGGAAUGAGCGUUUGGGAUAUAUCUUGACCUGUCCAUCUAACCUGGGCACUGGACUCCGGGCAGGAGUACACAUCAAACUGCCCUUGCUAAGCAAAGACAGCCGCUUCCCAAAGAUCCUAGAGAACCUAAGACUACAAAAGCGUGGUACUGGAGGAGUGGACACAGCUGCCACAGGCAGCAUCUUUGACAUCUCUAACUUGGAUAGACUGGGCAAGUCAGAGGUGGAGCUGGUGCAACUCGUCAUCGACGGAGUAAACUAUUUGAUCGACUGUGAGCGGCGUCUGGAGAGAGGCCAGGAUAUUCGCAUUCCUCCACCUCUCAUCCACAACAAGCAUUAACUCCCCAUCCCUAACAAAUGACUCAAUACCCUCAGAAUUUCUUCCUAUUGUAAUGGUGGCUGAUUCUAUUCGUCCUGGACUUGCUCCUAUCCUAGUAAAGACUCCUUGCUAUGGUCCAGCUAUCUGUGUUAUUUCUGAUGAUUUGGUGAGGAGGGAGCAGCCUCCAGGAAAGGAAAAGAGACAGUGGGGUUAUAUGUGAUGGAAAGAGACUCCAGAUAUGGAAUGCCAGGAACAUUGAGUUUCAGGUGGGUGGAAAACAUUAGCAUUUUACCCAUAUUCCUCAUCAGUCUCCUGAGAAUAAUUAGGAGGCACUUCCAUUUGCACUUUAUUCAUUAUGACUUAAGGUUUCUCUCCCAACAGUCUUCCUCCUUAACUGUACAGACAGUUUCAGAGCAGUUGUCCAAGAAAGCAUAUGGUCAACGCCAGGACCCAGUACAGGUGUGACCAGUCCUGAAGGCCCCAGGCUGUGCUUUGACCUAUAAGGAGACAAGGAAAGGGAACAAUAUCACAACUGUACUCCCCACGAGC